ACCUGCCGAUGGCGUUGAUGGGACUCCACACCCGUUUGAUUGUUUCCGCUGAGUAUUAUGAGCAUAAUGGCUCGUGGCGAUCAUCAAAGUGAUGAUGAUGAUUUCAUGGAUCCACCUCAACGUAACCAGGCAACUGGACGGAGAAAAGAGGGCGAUGAGAAGAAGAAACGUAUUCGCAACAGAGCCUCCCAGGAACGUCUGACCGUGUUGAUUGACAAAUUCACUGACGAUCAAAAGGGAGCUGCUGCUGAGAUGGGUAUGCAGGUUUUGAUGGAUGUCCGGUGUACGAACCUUGUCAACCCGGUAUGCGACUGGCUUGGUGAGAUAUACGAUCCCGCCUCCAGGGAAUUCGUGAUCCCGGGACGGGGAAGACUUCCAUUGAAUGAGGAAUCCGUGUUCUGCACUUUGGGUGUGCCUCGGGGACAUAUCAAAGUCCCGUACGAGGUUAAUAAUGAGAUCGAGGAAGAGCUGUUCGCCCGUUUGUUUCCUGGGUUGGAGGCAAUGCCGAACACGUCUGUACUGGCAGAUUCUCUGCAGGACAUGACGACGCACGGAGAAGUUUUCAAGGUGAAGCUACUCAUGUACCUCAUCUUAGCUGUUUUCACGCCGACCACUUCUCUUCGCCCAAGCAACAAAUGUUUCCCCAUCCUGGCGAAUCUGAAAAACGUGAAGAGUAUGAACUGGUGUAAGUUUAUUGCCGACUUUCUCCACGAUGCUUUCAAAAACAAGAUGUACCAGAAGGGUUGUCGUCUGCACUUAAUGCUCAUGUAUGUCGACUCUCUUGAUCUCUCCACCGUGGAUUUCACCGGGAUAGGAGGCCCGCCGCCUACUCACAAGUUUGUUGUUUCUGCGUGGACCAUCAGCGCUGUUAAGGCUGUGCUUGCCGCAGACAGGGCAACUGAUGGCACAUAUGGAAAACUACAGGUUAGUUUUUGUUUAUGUCUUUUUCACAUGGCAUGCUUACAAAUUUGA